AGCAAGCAGUGUGUGUAUGUGUGUUUUUGAAGUGUGUGAGUGUGUGUUUCUAACAGCAUCUCUCUCUGUCACACACACGCGGGCGUGCGAGCUCUGCGAGCGGAGCGGAGUGGAGUGUGUGUGUGUACGGGGCGUGUGUGUGUGCGUGUGUGUGAGUGUGUGUUGCUCCAUGCUGGACUGAGUGGAGAGUUGAGCGCUUCAGUUCUGAGGAUUUUAGGAGAUUCAGAGAUCAUGAGCGAAGAAGCCAAAGAGAAGAGCUCCUCCAAACCCACUCACAGGAAGAAGAAGGGAAAGAAGUCGGACAGUAAUGCCAGUUACCUGCGGGCGGCAAGGGCAGGUAAUCUGGAGAAAGCUCUGGACUACCUGAAGAGCGGAGUGGACAUCAACAUCUGCAACCAGAACGGUCUAAAUGCGCUGCACUUGGCGUCUAAAGAGGGUCAUGUGGAGGUGGUGGCAGAACUGCUCAAACUGGGGGCCAGCGUUGACGCUGCUACCAAGAAGGGAAACACAGCGCUGCACAUUGCAUCUCUGGCCGGACAGACGGACGUGGUACGGGAACUCGUGACCAAUGGAGCCAACGUUAAUGCACAGAGCCAGAAUGGCUUCACUCCGCUGUACAUGGCCGCUCAGGAGAACCAUCUGGACGUGGUUCGGUUCCUGCUGGAGCACGGAGCCAGCCAGAGCAUCGCCACAGAGGAUGGCUUCACUCCACUGGCGGUGGCGCUACAGCAGGGUCAUGAUCAGGUGGUCUCUCUGCUGUUGGAGAACGACACAAAGGGUAAAGUUCGACUGCCCGCGCUCCACAUAGCCGCCCGCAAGGACGACACCAAAUCUGCAGCUCUGCUCCUGCAGAACGACCACAACGCCGACGUGGAGUCGAAGAGUGGCUUUACUCCUCUGCACAUCGCUGCCCACUAUGGUAACAUCAACGUUGCCACGUUGCUCCUGAACAGAGGAGCAGCAGUGGACUUCAUGGCCAGGAAUGACAUCACUCCGCUGCAUGUAGCGGCUAAAAGAGGGAACGGGAACAUGGUGAAGCUGCUGCUGGACCGAGGAGCCAAAAUCGAUGCCAAGACCAAGGAUGGGCUGACCCCACUGCACUGCGGAGCGCGGAGUGGACAUGAGCAGGUGGUUGAGAUGCUUUUAGACAGAGGAGCUCCAAUCCUCUCCAAAACUAAGAACGGUCUAUCUCCCCUGCACAUGGCCACUCAGGGUGAUCACCUGAACUGCGUCCAGCUCCUCCUGCAGCAUGACGUACCAGUGGAUGAUGUCACCAACGACUACCUGACUGCUCUGCAUGUGGCUGCUCACUGCGGUCAUUAUAAAGUGGCCAAAGUUAUAGUGGACAAGAAGGCCAACCCGAAUGCUAAAGCACUGAACGGCUUCACUCCGCUGCAUAUCGCCUGUAAGAAGAACAGAGUGAAGGUGAUGGAGCUGCUGCUGAAACACGGAGCGUCUCUACAGGCCGUCACUGAGUCGGGGUUGACGCCGAUCCAUGUGGCAGCGUUUAUGGGUCAUGAGAACAUAGUGAAGCAGUUAACACACCACGGAGCGUCACCAAACACCACCAACGUGAGAGGAGAGACGGCGCUACACAUGGCAGCGAGAGCCGGUCAGGCCGAUGUGGUCAGAUAUCUGCUACAGAACGGAGCGAAGGUGGACAUCAAGGCCAAGGACGACCAGACGGCGCUCCAUAUCUCCAGUCGUCUGGGGAAAACGGAGAUAGUUCAGCUGCUGCUGCAGAAGGGGGCGUGGCCUAGCGCAGCCACAACCUCAGGCUACACCCCACUGCACCUGGCGGUGAGGGAGGGGCAUCAGGAGACCGCCGCCCUGCUGCUGGAACACGGAGCUUCACUCUCUGCAGCUACCAAGAAAGGUUUCACGCCUCUGCAUGUUGCUGCUAAAUACGGCCAGAUAGAGGCAGCAAAGCUGCUCCUGCAGAAAGGAGCAGCACCGGAUACAGCAGGCAAGACUGGGUUAACUCCGCUGCAUGUAGCUGCUCACUAUGAUAAUCAGAGAGUGGCUCUGCUGCUGCUGGAUCACGGGGCGUCACCACACGCUGCAGCCAAGAACGGAUACACUCCUCUCCACAUCGCCGCUAAGAAGAAUCAGUUGGAGAUCGGUACGACUCUGCUGGAGUUCGGAGCGGAGACGAAUGCAGUGACGCGGCAGGGCAUCAGCCCGCUGCACCUCGCUGCUCAGGAGGGCAGUGUGGACCUGGUGUCGCUAUUACUGACCAAACACGCUAACGUUAACAUGGGCAAUAAGAACGGGCUGACUCCGCUGCACCUGGCGGCUCAGGAGGACAGAGUGGGCGUGGCUGAGGUUCUGCUGAAUCAUGGGGCUGAGGUGGACGCUCACACAAAGACGGGUUACACUCCGUUGCAUGUGGCCUGUCACUAUGGCAACAUGAAGAUGGCCAGCUUCCUGUUAGAGAAUCAAGCGAAGAUCAACAGCAAAACAAAGAGUGGAUACACUCCUCUACACCAGGCAGCACAGCAAGGCCACACCCACAUCAUUAAUAUGCUUCUUCAGCACCGAGCCUCAGCCAAUGAUCUCACAGUGAACGGUAACACUGCUCUCUCGAUCGCCCGGCGGCUCGGAUACAUCUCUGUGGUCGACACUCUAAGAGGAGUAACAGAUGAAAACCUCACUGCCACGCCACCAGUGACGGAGAAACACAAGCUGAACGUUCCGGAAACCAUGAACGAGUUCCUGGACAUGUCAGAUGAUGAGGGUGAGGAUGCGAUGACCGGUGAGACAGAGAAGUACCUGCGGCCGCAGGACCUGAAGGAGCUUGGAGACGAUUCACUGCCGCAGGAAGGAUACAUGGGCUUUAGUAUCGGAGCUCGAUCAGUCAGUAUGCGCUCCUUUAGCUCGGACAGAUCCAACACCCUGAACAGGACGUCCUGUGUGAGGGACAGCAUGGUGAUAGAGGAGGUCAUCGCUCCGACCAAAGACACGCAGUUGUCUGUGAGCCGUGAGCAGAAUGAGUGUCUGAGACGUUACAGCUGGACUCCGGACACUGUGGACCACACACACAACACUGUGUCCAGCCCCAUACACUCCGGGUUCCUAGUGAGUUUCAUGGUGGAUGCUAGGGGCGGGUCCAUGAGAGGAAGUCGCCAUGACGGCAUGCGCAUCAUCAUCCCGCCCAGGAAGUGCCCGGCGCCCACACGGAUCACCUGCCGCCUGGCCAAACGCCACAGGCUGGCAUACCCACCCCCCAUGGUGGAGGGGGAGGGGCUGGUGAGCAGGCUGGUGGAGGUGGGGCCAGCCGGAGCUCACUUUCUGGGGCCGGUCAUUGUGGAGAUCCCCCAUUUCGGCUCCAUGCGUGAGAAGGAGCGCGAGCUGAUCGUUCUGCGCAGUGACAACGGCGACACCUGGAAGGAGCAUCACUACGACUGCCGAGGAGAGGACCUGACAGCUCUGCUCAACGGCAUGGACGAGGAGCUGGACAGCCCAGCUGAGCUGGAGAAAAAGCGAAUUUGCCGCAUCAUCACUAAAGAUUUCCCACAGUACUUUGCGGUGGUGUCCCGCAUUAAGCAGGAGAGUGACCACAUGGGUCCGGAGGGCGGAGUCCUGACCAGUGAGGCAGUUCCCAUGGUGAGGGCCGCCUUUCCUCCUGGAGCACUCACCAAGAAGAUCCGUGUUGGCCUACAGGCCCAGCCUGUGCCGGAGGAAGUGGUGUGGAGUGUGAUUGGGAACAGAGCGUCUUUCAGCCCCAUCGUUACUGUGGAGCCCCGCAGGAGGAAGUUCCAUAAACCCAUCACCAUGACGAUCCCCGUCCCUCCCAGAGCAAAGGAGGCAGCGGCUAAUGGCCGCAAAGGUGACCCCGCCCCCUGCCUGAGACUGCUCUGCAGCAUCACAGGGGGCACAUCUCCAGCUCAGUGGGAGGACAUCACUGGAACCACUCCACUGUCCUUCGUCACCGACUGCGUCUCAUUCACCACUAAUGUUUCAGCCAGGUUCUGGUUGGCAGACUGUCAGCAGGUCAGUGAGACGGUUGCCCUGGCGACCCCUCUGUAUCGUGAGUUGAUCUGCGUGCCAUAUUUGGCGAAGUUCGUGGUGUUUGCGAAGCCGAUCGACCCGAUGGAGGCACGACUGCGCUGCUUCUGCAUGACCGACGAUAAAGUGGACAAAACUCUGGAGCAGCAGGAGAACUUUGAGGAAGUGGCCAGGAGCAAAGACAUCGAGAUCCUGGAGGGAAAGCCCAUCUAUGUGGAUUGCUAUGGUAACCUUGCACCCAUAAGCAAGAGCAGCCAGCAGCUCAUCUUCACCUUCUACGCCUUCAAAGAGAACCGACUGCCUUUCAACGUCAAGGUACGCGACGUUGGGCAGGAGGCGUGUGGGAGACUCUCGUUCCUCAAAGAGCCGAAGAGCACUAAAGGUCUUCCACACUGCGCCAUCUGCAACCUCAACUUUACACUGCCAACCCACAGGAAGGAGAUGGAGUCGGAUCCUGAUGAUGAGAAUGACAACAAAGAUCGACGUCAUACCUUUGCUUCGUUUGCGUUACGAAAGCGCUACAGCUAUCUGACCGACCCUGCGUCCAGCCACAACGCCACUCCGAAAACCACGUCGCAGCCUUCUGGCUACGCUUACAAGCCUGUCUUUACGACACGCUCCUACCAGGCUUGGGCGACCAGCCCGCCCGUCAGCGCCACCGGACAGGCCAAGUCCGGCUUUGGCUCCCUCUCCAGCUCCUCCUCCAACACCCCCUCUGCCUCCCCACUGAGAUCCGUGUGGUCUGUAAACUCUGCCUCCCCCAUCAGAUCAGUCAUCGGAGGCUCACCUGCAUCCUCCAUCAAAUCUGCCAGUGAUGUUGCGUCACCGAUACGCUCCUACAGAACCAUCUCGUCUCCGAUAAAGACAGUUGUGCAGCAAGCCCAGUAUCCAGUCCAGGCUUCCCCAACCCUCCUUUCAUCCCCAGGGAAGAACACUCCUGACUCUGUCUCUGUAAAAGGCCUGGCAGCCCUUUCUGCCAGAACCUCUCCGGUUCCUGCUGGGGGUUCACUUCUAGAGAGAUCCUCCAUCGCUAUGACACCCCCUGCUUCACCCAAGUCCUCUCUGAACAUGUAUAACUCCAGUUUACCCUAUAAAUCUGUCAUAACCUCAAAUGCUCCAUCAACCGGUUCCCCCAUUAAAACUGUCCCAGGCCUCUCCUCAAUCCGAACAACUGAUGCUUCCAGCUCCCACAGGGGAUUCCUCAGUUCCCUUUCCUCACCACUUAAAACCAACUCCAGCUCCAGUGCAGCAGCCUUGAUCAAUGGGACGGUUUCACCCACUAAGUACCGCUCCUCCUCCCCCAAUUCACUAAUGUCUGGCACCCUACAGGAGAGGAUACAGGCUACAACCAAUGCUGCCACCACCAGUGUAAAUGCUGCCUUCGAUGAAGUGGAGAAGACGCUAAACUCCUGCUCUGCAGGUUACGGCACACUCAAGUCUAUGUCGUCCUCUCCAUCUUCCUCCUAUCAGUCCAUCCGGUCCUCAGGUUCCAGCUCCAUUUAUGCCUCCCUUAGAUCCCCUCCCAACUCCACCACCUCUGUUACGUGCAGCACAAUCACAGUGCCUGUUUACUCAGUCAUAAACGUUUUGCCAGAACACCAGUUUAAAAAGCUUCCAGAUAUAUCCAAAUCAACAGCAGCUCUCUUGUCCCCCAGAAAGACCAUGCCCCCAGAGGCCAAUGCCCAAACACAGUCUUCCUUUGCCAAAACUCUGUCUCCAGUGAAAACGCCUUUGUUCAUGUCCCCUGCAGCCCUCAAGUCCACCUCCCCAUCCCCUCUGUCCAACAGUCAAGAGAUACUGAAGGAUGUUGCUGAAAUGAAGGAGGAUCUAAUUCGAAUGUCAGCCAUUUUGCAAACUGACGCAAGUUCUGUCUCCAAAAACUUCCGCUCUGACUCUCCUAAAGAGCAUAAGAUGGAAGAUGAGGAACCAUACAGGAUUGUAGAGAAAGUCAAACAAGACUUGGUCAAAGUUAGUGAGAUACUAACCAAGGAUGUUCUGAGGGAGAGUAAAGCAAACAUCAAAAACAGCAAGGUUGAAGAAGAUCUAGAGGAUGACAUCGAUGACAUCCAGCAAAAUGGAUGGAGGUGCCCCCCUCGGUAUGAGACAGUGGCACCUCAAUCCAAAACAAAAAACAUUCCUGACAGAGACUUUAACUUAGCAAAGGUAGUGGACUACCUGACCAAUGACAUUGGCACAAGCUCCUUGUCGAAAAUUGUAGAAGCAAAACAGACAAGAGAGGAAGUGAGGAGAGAGGGAGAGGAGAAACAGAAGCGUGUCUUAAAACCUGCCAUUGCGGUUCAAGAGCACAAGCUCAAAAUGCCGCCCUCAAACAUGCACCCAUCCCCCUCGGAGAAGGAGCUUUGUAAGCUAGCAGAUACAUUGUUUGGAACAGAUGUGGUUCUUGACUCCCCAGAUGACAUCUCUCAUGACCAAGAUAAAAGUCCGCUGUCAGACAGUGGGUUUGAGACUCGGAGUGAGAGGACUCCUUCAGCCCCUCAGAGUGCUGAAGGAAUGGGGCCCAAAGCUCUGUUCCAGGAAAUCCCACCAGUCAUCACUGAAACACGGACUGAGGUUGUACACGUUAUACGGAGCUACGAGCCUCCAGAAGACUCCAAGGAGCCUGUAAUGGAGGAGGUUAGGAUGGCAAAACCUCCAGCCCGAUGCGUUGACCCAGAGCCUAGAUCACCAGGUGGCUCAAUCAAGGAGAGAGUGAAAGCAUACCAAGCCAGAACAAAUCCAGAGGAAGACAUGGUGGGCAAAGGCAUGCGGCUCAAAGAAGAGACUCAUAUUACAACCACUACGCGAAUGGUGUAUCACAAACCACCAAGUAAAGAGGCUACAUCAGAGAGACUUGAGGAGACCAUGUCUGUAAGAGACAUCAUGAAAGCCUUUCAGUCAGGCCGAGAUCCAUCCAGAGAGAUAACUGGCUUGUUUGAGCACAAAGGCAGCAUUGAGGGAGUGGACCAAUCUCAGAGGCCUCUGGAUAGAGACUCAAUGCCCAAAGUGGAGCGCAUCAUCGAGGUUCACAUUGAGAAAGGAAAUAAGACCGAACCAACAGAGGUCAUCAUUAGGCAAACCAAAAAUCACCCUGAGAAAGAAAUGUACAUUUACCAAAGCAGUGGUGGAAUGAAGGAGCUUCAAAACAAAGAGGAAAUUGAACAGCAGGAGGAGCAAGAGCCUGAAGAAUCCCUGCCCUGCUAUUUGGACUCCUCCAGAGUGAACACACCUGUCUUUCAGGAGGAUGACAGCUCUGCCCAGCUAAUGGGUGAUGACUCGUACAAAACUCUGAAACUACUUAGUCAGCACUCAGUGGAAUACCAUGAGGAAGAAUCGGCAGAUACGAGGGGAGAGUCAUACAAAUUUGCAGAGAAAAUGCUCUUCUCUGAGAAAUUUGACUCUUCUCAUUCUGACUCGGAUGAAUCUGUGAUUGAUCGAUCUCGUUACUAUGAAGAGGGAACACACAGUGGCUCAAUGAGAGAAUUCAUGCUCAAACCUGACAAGCAAGGCACAGCCUCAAAGGACAGUGAAAACUAUGACAAGCAAACUUUGCUGCAGUAUGCUUCCGAUCCUGGUAGUCCUAAAAAGCCCUUUUGGACAAGAGCAUCUGAAGACAGACAGAAUAAAAACAGAGACAAAAUGAUAUAUGAGGACAGAGUAGACAGAACUGUCAAAGAAGCAGAGGAGAAGCUUAGUGAAGUGUCACAGUUUUUCCGUGAUAAAACAGAGAAAUUGAACGAUGAGCUCCACUCCCCUGAAAAGAAGCAUCGUAGGCCAGAUGCUCGAGAGACUAGAUCUGGACCUAGUUCUACCUGCAGCAGCCCUGAGAGAUCAGUGUUUAGGAAUGGAGGGAGUGGAGAAGAGUGGAGCAGAGAUAGGUUCAGAGACAAGUAUGGUGCUCAUGACCGGAAGUGUGCCAGCCUUCCUAGCAGCCCAGAAAGACGUGCUUUGCUUCUAUACAAUGAUGAUAAUGGAAAACAAGGUGACUGCUCAUCAGCAAGUAGUGCAAGCGAGUCUUCUAAAUACCACCAACCCUCAACAUCCAAGGUUAGUUCAGUUAGGAUGAAAUUUGAAGCAGAAGCUCAAAAGCAAGAUAAGGGGCCCCAGUGGGAUCAAACCUCUGGAUCUCCAGUAAGGAAGCUACAGGAAAGUAAAUUGCCUGUUUAUCAAGUUUUUGCGGGGGGCAAUCUCCCCAAAUCAUCAGACACUUCCAAAGGUGAGCAUAGCCCAAAGAAAGUUCUAGAAAGUGAGAGUGGGCAAACUUAUAAUGUCAGGAGAGCCCAAGCACUUGCUGAUAGAAAUAGAAAUGUGUCAGAUAACACCAGCCCAAAACAUCAGAAAAGUGUUCACAGCAAAGAGCAAGAUGUAGAUAAAGAUCGGAAGAUUUACAAAACUUGGGAAAGUCACGGCAAUGGACAGCAUAAAACGCCAAAGUCAAAAAUGUCUCACACCCUAGUUCAAGAUGCUAUGGUUGAUAGUGAAGAGAACAGAAAUUCCACUAAAGGAGAAACAACCAAAAAGAUCAUAUAUACAGAGCUAGUGAUUCGAGAAGACCCCAGCAGCCCUGAGAAAUACAGUGGUUCUCUAAAAAAAAACUCGGAAUCACAAAUUCCUGUUAGGGUUUCAUCUAGUUUUAUAGACCAUCACCAAAGUAGUACUUUAAAGCUAGAUUCAUCUGUUAAAUCUGAUGGAGUAGGGUCCCACAUACCAACAUUAGAUAGAAGUGAGCACCACUGUAGUUCUGAUGCAAACAAAUCAUCUAGUGAUGUGUUGUCAGUAGGAAAUGCUACCAUAGUCUGCAAUGGUGUUGAUAGUGACCAAAUCGAGUAUAUUGAGAGAGUGAAUCCUGGUGUGACUGCAGACAUCAAGCCUCUGCCAGUUUAUGUCAGCAUUCACGUAGACAAACAGUACGAGAAGGAGACAGCCACUGGGCAGCUUAGCACCUACAAAAAAGUAGUUAGCCAUGAAAGUCGAACAGUACAUGAGACGAGGGGCGCAUUCUACACAGUCAAGCAGAAACAGCAGUGUUCACCUCAGGGCAGCCCAGAGGAUGACACACUAGAGCAGGUGACUUUUAUGGACAGUUCUGGAAGAAGCCCUGUCACUCCUGAAACACCAAGCUCUGAGGAAGUUAGCUAUGACUUCAACUCCAGAGCGCCAGAAUCUGUAAUUGGCUCCAUAACUGGCAUGCCCAGCCCAAUACCAGAAGAGUCAGAGGAAGAGGAGCAACCCAAGACUUUCAUCUUCAGGGAACUACCAGCAGAAAAAGCCAAACCGGCCACUCCACCAGAGUCUUCAAAAGGGAAACAUGAAUCACCUGGGAAAAGAACAAAAGACAAACGGGUAGCUUACAUUGAGUUUCCUCCACCUCCACCAUUAGAGACUGAGCAGUCUGACCCUGAAAAGAAAGUGUCAUGCCCAUCUUCUGAGGCAGAAACAGAGAUGAUGGAGGUAAAUCUCCAAGAGGAGCAUGACAGGCACCUCCUUGCAGACCCUGUGAUCCGAGUCCAGCCACCUUCUCCUCUUCCACCUGGAGCUGACAACUCUGAUUCCAGUGAUGAUGAGUCUGUCUUUCAACCCAUUCCUCUCAAAAAGUACACCUUCAAAAUGGCAGAGGAAGGUGAAAAACGUGUGAGGCCUCGAAAACCAGAGAGAAAUGGUUCCCACCACAAAGAGUCAAGUGUGAAUGGUGUCAUCAAAGGAGAUGAUGUGGACUUUGAGCAGAAUGGCAAUGAUCAGUCUAUCACUGACUGCUCUAUAGCUACAACUGCAGAGUUUUCCCAUGACACCGAUGCUACAGAGAUAGACUCUCUUGAUGGUUAUGAUCUGCAGGAUGAGGAUGAUGGGUUGAGUGAUCCCAAAACCUCCAGCCUCUCAAACGAUGGAAAACCAGGUGAUCGAUCCUUCAGCCAGAGCAAGCUGGAAGUGAUUGAAGAGGAAAGCACUCCUAAUGAGGAUACUGGAGAAAAAGCAAAAUCUAAAAGCAACUCAUCAAGCAAAAAAUCAGACAGUGCUAAAGAUGAAGACAAGAUCUACUCCUUGGAGGGAAGGCACCCUGACAGGCAAGGGUUUGCGGACAGUUAUUUCAGCUACAAACUUGAGGAGGAACUGAAUACAACAUUCAAAACAGUUGCCACCAAAGGCUUGGAUUUCGACCCAUGGUCCAGCAAAGGAGCAGAGGAAGGAGUAUUUGACACUAAAGGCAAAGAUGAAGAUCCAAAGCCUUUUGGUUUGUCAGUGGAUGACAAGUCACAGGCUACCACACCAGACACCACUCCGGCUCGAACACCAACUGAUGAGAGCACCCCAACUAGCGAGCCCAACCCCUUCCCCUUCCAUGAGGGCAAGAUGUUUGAGAUGACCCGCAGUGGCGCUAUUGACAUGAGCAAGCGGGACUUUGUUGAGGAGAGGCUUCAGUUUUUCCAGAUUGGUCCGCAAACCCCUUGUGAGAGGACGGACCUUCGCAUGGCUAUCGUGGCUGAUCAUCUGGGACUCAGCUGGACAGAGCUGGCUCGAGAGAUGAAUUUCUCGGUGGAUGAGAUCAAUCACAUCCGCACGGAGAACCCCAACUCCCUCACCGCCCAGAGCUUCAUGCUGCUGAAGAAGUGGGUGAGCAGAGACGGGAAGAACGCCACCACGGAUGCGCUGACCGCAGGGCUGACCAAAGUGAACCGGAUGGAUAUUGUGACUCUUCUGGAAGGGCCCAUAUUUGAUUAUGGUAACAUUUCAGGCACCAGAAGUUUUGCAGAUGAUAGCGCUGUGUACCAGGAGAAAGCGGAUGGCUGGAUCGGUGAGAACCCCAGCGGCAACAUGGAACCGCUCACUCAGGGGCGGAGCCUCAGCACUGACCUCAUCGACAGGCAGGACAACAGUCAGGAAAACUCCAGUGACUCUGUGACAUCAUCGUCCAGAGGGGAUUCUGGGAAACCUCGUCAGAACGGCGAGCAUUCUGAGACCCCGCCCCGCAGCACAGCGUCACAGGUUUCAGCCAACGGAUCAGGACGAGAGGAAGGAACUCUGCUGGUUGAGCACAAAGUCAAGCAGCGUACAGCUACAGAGUCUGGCUCAGAUGAGGAACGCACCGUCACCACGCGAGUGUUCCGCAGACGCCUCAUCCUAAAGGGUGAGGAGGCUCGGAACAUUCCGGGAGAGACUGUUUCAGAGGAGCAGUUCACUGAUGAGGAAGGAAACAUCAUCACCAGAAAAGUGAUCCGGAAGGUGAUCCAGCGGGUGGAUGCCCCGACUCCGGAGGAUCAGGAUGAUCAGGGGAGACGUUUCGAAGGUGAGGAGAAAGGACGAGAGAAGGUCUUCAGAGAAGAAGUUUCACUCUUAGAUGAAGCUCAGCAUUAGCAGGUUUUGCAAUUUGUUUCUCGUCCGUCUCCGGAUGACGGGGCCAGCAGAGACGAACUCGCAGGAAGGGAAAUAUUCGGCCACUAGAAAUGCAGCUUACACAGCUUUCCCGCGCUCAGACGCAUGGUGUUCUGAGACACGGACCACCCCUCCCCCACUCUCGCAUGAGCAUGACAGCACACUCUCCGCCCCUUCCGCUGUCUCACUCUUACCGCUUCCUGGUUCAGAGGGGCCUGGAGAAAUCCACUUCCUGUCAGCAGCGGCUUCUGGAAAAUUCAGUUUCCUGAGUUGGAGGGACCUGUACGGCUACGUUUUUACGACUUUUGGGAGAAACUGCAAGACUCCUGCACUGACCUUUCUGGAAAUUUCUGGAAAAUGUGUCACUUUUCCUGGAUGAAUCUCACCUUUCUGGAAAAAGGUGUCAUGUUUUCUGGAAAAAUCUCACUUUUCUGGAAAAAAAUCUGUCACUGUUCUGGGAAAAUCUCACUUUUCUGGAAGAAUCUCACUUUUUCUGUGCAUCAGAGGCGCUGGAGUGGAUCUUGCUGCAGCUUUGGAGGAUGCCAAACGAAGACCAACACCGCCGUAACCCAACACACACUCUUUCUUGUGACCAAAGAUGGCACAAAAGCUCUUUUUUCACAGAAAAAAACCCAAGGACGCUUUUUACUCGCUUCCUGUUCCUUCCUAUUCGCUUUUCUUCCCUCACUUAGCCCUGCUCCUGUCAGGAGGAGGAGGAUCGCUGUGGUUUAUUUGUGUUUGUUUUAAAAUGAAAACAAACAAAAAACAACACAAGGAAUUUUUUUUUCUGUACAUAAGUUAACAUUGUGUAAAAAAACAACUCUAACAGCCGCCAGGCUCGGGGAAAAGCACGGAUUACGGAAGUGCUUUCGACGUUUUAAGAAAGUUUGAAUGAAACUCUUACAUGUUGCUCUUGUAUAAUUGAUUAUUAAUUAUAGAAGGUAGGUUUGUACAUGAAAAAUAAUGUCAGACAGGGGACCUUUCCGUAACAGUAAGAAGUUCUCUGCGAAUUUGAACAGUUCCCAAAAUGGGAAUUUCAGAGUACUAUUAAUAUUUUGCAUGCAGUCCACCUUAUUUUAAGUACCUUCUUUUAUAAGUUUGCAUUCAAAAUAGAAUAAAAAAGAGACUUUUUUCCUCCUGCGCACAUACAGCGCUGAGGAGUCCCACACUUUUCUAUUCUGAAGAUCUAUAAACAGUGUAGCUGGGUUAAAGUGUGCUGCCCCCUGCUGGAGGAACGAACUGAAUGUAACUGCUUAGAAAACUGGCUCAUCGUCCAACUAUAAGUGUCUGACGUUGUAGGAUUAUCAGCUAAAACAGUGUAAAAGUCUCUCUCUGUGUGUCCUAAGGCUGUGUAUUUGACCACUAUAGCGGUCAAGUGUCCUCACAGGGUUUUUUCCUUAAAGGCUGCUGUGGUUUUUAGCUAAAAAAAAAAGUAAAAAAAAGGCUUUUAUUUUACCUUUUUUUCAGGUUUCUGGUGAAUAUUUUCUUCCCGGACGUUUAUAAUCACAUGCAAAAUGACGUCAGAGUUAAUCAUGUAUAAAAAAAAAGUUAUUUUACACAUCAGAUAAAUCGUGUUUGUCCCUGUUUAGAGCAGAGUCUGUGUGUUGCCGUGCACUGCGUUGAUUUUUAGAGGUUUUUUUGUUAGCGUUUAGCCAUUUCUUUGCUAAUCUGAUCUAGUUUGAGUAGAGCGUGUAAAACUAAAGCAGAUUGUAGUUUGCUGAUUUACUUUUAAAAUAGGAAGUGAUGUCACGGUGGCGGGGGGGGGGUGUGUCUUUCUACCUCCCCUUUACCUGUCAAUCAGUCUGUAGGCGGGGCCUGGCGUAGUCCGUUUGCGUUCGUUUGGUUUGAUAACCCGUUUUCAUCCUUUUUAAUGUAAAAAAUUCUUACUUACCGAGUGAAGCCAUUUAAACUGAACUGUAUUCUAGCACUUUGGUUAUGGAAGGUCUUCUCUUUUAGAAGCUAGCAGCUACGAUGCCACCAUAAUGUUUCAAAUGUCUUAAAAGAAUCAAAUUUAACAAUAAAUAAAGACAUUGAUUUUGCAAACCUA